GACGAAACUCGAUACUGAAAUCUUUGGAGCUUAAUAAUGAGUGAAACUGACAUAAUUUACGCCCCAUUUCAACCGUCAGACACCCGUUUGCUAACAGGAAGCAAUAACAACCAACUUCUAGUUGACAAUCCAAUUCUAUCGUCAAUUUUAGCCAAAAUAUUUCCUUACUUGUUGAUAGCUGAUAAUGCAUUGGAGAUAAUAACAUGGACUAAUGAAGACCCUUAUACCAACUUUUUAUUCAUCAUUAUCUACUCUAUUGUCAUCAUGUAUUGGAAUAGUAUAAGUUUGGUUAUUCUUCCUAUAAUCAUGGCUCUUGUGUUUUCAUAUAUGAUUUGGAUAGUGAACUCCACCAUUUUUGAUAUAAAAUAUAAUGAAAAGCCGACAAUUGACGAGAUCUUACACACUUUGCAUAAUAUUACAGUCAGAUUCGAAAUGCUUCUAAAGCCCAUUAAAAAGCUGGACUUUAAAGCUCAUAAUUUUAUUCAAAUGUUUGUCAUGACUGUGUUGUUGACACCAGUUCAUCUACUCCUCAUUAACUACGCCUUAUCCCCCAAAAAGUUUUUAUGGCUAACUGGUCUUUUUGUGUUAAGUUACCACUCCCCGUGGUCGUAUUCUUUAAGAAGGUUGCUAUGGAGAUCUGUCUAUGUGAGAAUUCUAGUAUUUUAUCUAACUGGUUUAGAUAUAAAGCUAAACAUGGAAAGUAAGUCCAAGCCUAUCAAUUCGAAGUCAAUGGAACAUGCUUUGAGUGACUUGAAAGUUUUGAACAAGUCUGUUGAGUCUCCUACCAGACUCAAACAAACAAUCCUAUUUGAAGUCUUGGAGAACGAAAGAAGAUGGAUUGGAAUCGGGUGGUCUAAGCUUCUUUUACCAAGUGAAAGGUCAAAUUAUUGCUUCCCACAUACGUUGAUCCAAACAGUAGAAUUACUGCAGUUUUCACCUCCAGUUUUCAAUGACGACUUGUACAGCUAUAGUUGGGAAUGGCUUGAUCAAAAGUGGUCCAUAGAUAAAGAGUUUAGUAAGAACAAGAACAACGGCUGGAAGUUUUUUGAUAAUUCCUGGGAAAAUGGUGAUUUCAUCGAUGGAUUCUCAAAGUUCACUAGGUCAAGAAUGUGGACGAGGAGAGCCGUGUUAUGUAUUGACAAAAGGACCAAAGUAAAUGACAAGUAAGAUAUUUAGCCUGUAUAGCAUAUUUAUGAACGAUAAAU